AGCCUCUGAGAUUGAAGAAGAGCGCGCCGGCAUGCGCGCAUCGCUCUCAGCCGCGGCUAAAUUAAGCGUGGCGGUAAUUGUUCAAUCAUACAGACCAAAGCUCUGUGUGUGAAGGGUGCAUGAGGGCAGGUUGUUUAGAGCAGGAGGCUAAGAGUGAGUGUGUGGGUGUCAGGUUACGCUGGGCUCUGCUCUGCGGGUUGUAGAAGGAGAACGGCGGACAUGCCCGCACUGGUGAUGGGGAACGCUGUCCUCCGCCGUGACUGACAGCUCUCAGCGAGCGCAGCGAAGUCUGCCUGAUGAAAGUCGUUUCGCGGUUUCAUGCAUGUUCUCCGCUCUGCUUUUAACGUGUCAUAAAAGGAAUUUGGGGGUGUUCGCUUAUGUUUUCUGAAAACUGUCUCCUUUGAUUUGUGGCUCCUAAUUUCGAAAAAACGCCAUCCAUCCGUUUAACCUUCACGUUCGGUGAUGAAUUACUUAAACAGUCUGCUUUCAGUUAAUUGUCAGCUCAAGUUUGUAUGAAAACUUUUUAGAUGCAAGGGUGUAAAGGUAGAUGUCUUAAUUGUCUUCUCGAGUCUACUUAAAUGUUCCGCUAAUUUCCUCAGAGAGGCAGUAGUCAAUUCUCGCCGUCAUUUGUCUUGCGCUGGAUGCGCUUGAUCGGUCUUAAUUGCACCUGUGAGGUGUCACGUAACGCGCAUUUCUUUCACAAGCACAGUUAGCGGAGUUUCAUCGGUUUGCCCCAGAUGCUUUAACCGCCCUUUGGUCAGAUUCCCAAGGCAAGUUCUCAUAGGCUGGCUGGCACUGGGGCGGAACGGAGAUGAGUGACAGGAUGGGUUGGGCGGACUUGAUGGUGUACCAGCGAGAAAUUUUGAUUUGCAGCUGAAAUUUGUCCAGAAGGAAGAAGGAUCUUUGCUGAAUCUAGGCCAUGUUUGGCACUGGGCAUCUGGUGUCUCCUCUGUCUCCCGCUGUCUUCCACUCCUCGGCUGCACAUUUGUUCCCGGCCUUCCCCAGCAGGUUAGGUUCACCGCAGAUCUUCAUUCCCGGCCCCUUGUUCAGCUAUGAGCUCCUGCGUAGCUACCUGCAGCCUGAGCCCUGCAAGCAAGCUUUGCUGUUGGCCUCUCAGGCCUCAGGACACCAUGCUGAGAAUAUUGAUGAACCCCGGCCAGUGAAACAGCGGCGAGCACGGGCCAACUAUAGCAGCUGGCAACUGGAAGAACUGGAGAAGGCCUUCGAGAGCACACACUACCCCGACGUCUUCAUGAGAGAAGCCUUGGCCCUCAGACUGGACCUGAUCGAGGCCAGAGUGCAGGUGUGGUUCCAAAACCGCAGGGCUAAAAUGCGCAGACAGAUGAAACUCCAAAGCCAGCCAGGUGAGCAGUGUAGCAGGAGUGACGGUGACAACAGAGCGGUUGACCCAUCCAGCAGGAACCCCAGUGGUCCAGAGCUCCACAGCAACAGCAGCCCAUGCUGGGAGAGGAAACAGGACAGAGGAAGCCCCAUUUGGCCUAAACCCACUUCAUCCUCUAUCCACAGCCCCGUGAGCAACAUGCAGGAGAUGUCGGAGCAGUCCAGUCCUGAGGACUUCCGCUGCAGUAGCAUUGCCAAGCUGAGGGCAAAGGCCAGGGAUUAUGUAGCGGAGAUCCACAGCAGCGUGGCCAAAGCCAGCAGAGGGAGGCAACUGAAGACACAAGAAUCUGCCACAGUCCUGGAAAGAGACUAAACAGAUGUGACAGUAUGCAGUAUCACACAGGACCAGUGGAUACAUUCCAAAUCCCAUUAAAUAGAUAAUUUAUGUCAUUUCAACAUCAUUCUGCUCGAUGACUGAGAAAAGCAAAACACAAAUUACAUGGCCCUGUAUUGUGUUUUCUUCUCUGAUCGUCACAACAUCAUUCAUUAUAUGUGAAGCCAAUGUGUUCUGUACAUUUUUUUGUACGUUGUCUUUGUCUGGUGGUGUUGCAAAUAUGAUGUAAAAGUGUAUAUAAGGCAUUCUGUACGUUUGACUUGGCUAGUAAUAUGAGAGGUGUUUGUUUUAUACAUGACAAAUAAUGAGAAGUUGUACUGUAUUGUUUUUUUUUUGUGGUAUCUAACUGGUUUCACUGACGUCAUAAUAUCUUAAUAAUUACUAAAUAUUAAUAAUAAUUACAUAAAACAAUCCCCUAAAUUCACAGGUUUUCAAACGGGGGUCGGGAACCACUUUUGGUGGGUUGCAGAAAUAAAAGUGGGUCGAGAAAAGUCACUUGGUUGUUGUGGUGAGUGAUAGAUUUUCUUUUCAUGUAAAGUAUUGCAAUUAAACAUAUUUCAUUCAUACAAUGACAAGGACAAUAAAAAAAACUACUCUUACUAAAUGACAGUUUCUAUUUAAAAGUAUUUGGGUGAGUUCUGGAAUGAAAAGUUUAGGAACCACCAGUUUAAUGUGACUGAAAAAAUGAAAAUAGCACACUACUGUACAUAACUCUUUUAUGUCUUAAAGUGUACAUUGCAUUUUUAUAUUGUAUCUGAGAUGUUUUAUCACAUUUAACUCUUACAUCAUCAAUUCGUACAAAUUCUGAUGUUGUUUGCUUUAAAGUUUGCCUGCAGGGAUCAACAUUAAUAAACGUUUUUUUUAAUGUUGUUACUUUGAUACCAACAUCUAUCAGCUAGUGAACAGAAGGCACUCAAAGAGGAAAUGCUUGAUGAUGUCAUUGAUGGCCAGCUCUUCAGCUAUCCUGUUACCCGGUGUGGAAACACAGGAUGUCUGCAAGCUGCUACAAGCCCUCUAUAAACAAUGAGAAUGUCAGAAAAGUGCUUGCCCUUUUUGACAAACAUGCAAAACAUGUUUAUUUGUAUUUUUCAACAAAUUAAUAAUUACUUUGUGUUUUGUAUGUAUAUUUUUAAUGUUUAUUUGCUUGGCAGUUAUGUUUUUAAACACUGUAAGAUACCGUAAUUCUGGGGAAUGGUUGUUGCCAUCAGAACAAAAUGACUUCAAAAUUGUAAGAACCCUGCUGAAGUAUUUGAAAAUGGACACAGCACCUGUUCCACAUCAAAUCGAUUUAAGCGGCCACUAAAAGGGUAUUUCCUGUGGUAUCAGAAAUUUGGCAAUGUCUGCAUCAGUGCUUAACAAUCUUUGGUCAUGCAAUAUGCAUGCAGUACAACUAAUACCCUUGACUUGAAAAGCCAGGAAUUAGACUCGUCUAGUUCUCAUUAGAGUCACAGUGCCCUCCUCUGGGCAGCAGGAAAUGUGUCUUUUCAAAGCCUGGUUUGUCUAUUACGUGGUCUAUUUUUAAUGGAACAGUAGAGAAGUGAAUGGGGAUAUCCUACAUGUAAAAUCAGGGGGAUUUCUUUAUUUUCAGUGUGCACCCUAUAUUGUGAGAGAGUGUCUCUUUUUCUCCACCAGACUCAGGUUUCUAUCAUUCACAAUAAUGUCAUUCAACAACAAUCUCUCUCUGCCUUAGCAGAUGAACUGUUCAUUCUACACAUGGUUAUGAUGCAUUGUCUUAUAACCUCAAAAACAGUGUUGUGUAUUUGAAAGAUUACGUUUAUUACUUUAAACAUAAAACAUAUUUUUGUUUCGUUAUUGUUAAAGUUUCAUGUAGGUCAGUUCUUUUUUUCACAGGGCCUUCCUGUUUUCAUAUGCAAAUGAGAUGACCCCGUUUGGAGGCCUUUGUAAACACUCACAUCCAAUAAUAAAAAAACGUCA